AGAGGAAAUAAUUAUUUUCCAUCGAAGAUCGAAGCUCGGAUGAGAGCUUCUCCAAACAAAUCCAAGCACCUGGUUCAAGGAGAAAACAAAUCCAACCACCAAUCUUUUAACCAAAACCUUUGAAAAUGUCGUCAAAGAAACAAGCCAUUUUCAUAUCUUCCCUCGUAAUCCUCUGGUACUCAUCAAACAUUGGUGUUAUUCUGCUCAACAAGUUCUUGCUCUCAAACUAUGGCUUCAGAUUCCCAAUCUUCCUCACAAUGUGCCAUAUGGCUGCCUGCGCCAUUCUCAGCUACAUCUCCAUUGUUUUCCUCAAGAUUGUGCCUUUGCAGACCCUCAAAUCUAAGUCCCAGUUCGUCAAGAUUGCAACUUUGAGCGUUGUCUUUUGUGGGUCUGUUGUGGGUGGCAAUAUUUCACUCAGAUACCUUGCGGUGUCAUUUAAUCAGGCUGUCGGUGCAACGACACCGUUUUUCACUGCCCUUUUUGCGUAUUUGGCGACCCUUAAGAGGGAGGCUUGGGUCACAUAUGCUGCUCUUGUGCCUGUUGUUACUGGAGUGGUGAUUGCUAGUGGGGGUGAGCCAAGUUUUCACUUCUUUGGGUUUGUUAUGUGCAUUAGUGCAACUGCUGCAAGGGCCUUUAAGUCUGUUCUUCAGGGUAUCCUACUUUCUUCUGAAGGGGAAAAGUUGAACUCCAUGAAUUUGCUGCUGUAUAUGUCUCCAAUUGCUAUUCUAGUGUUGUUGCCUGCUGCACUUAUAAUGGAGCCCAAUGUCGUAGAUGACACUCUGUCACUUGGAAGAGAGCAUAAAUUCAUGUGGUUACUUCUUUUGGUUAAUUCAGUAAUGGCGUAUUCUGCUAAUUUGUCAAAUUUCUUGGUGACCAAACAUACAAGUGCAUUAACACUUCAGGUAUUAGGCAAUGCAAAAGGUGCUGUGGCUGUUGUUAUCUCAAUUCUUCUUUUCAAGAAUCCUGUCACUGUUAUCGGUAUUGGUGGUUACAUGAUAACUGUUGCGGGAGUUGUUGCUUACGGGGAAGCAAAACGGAGGUUUAGAUAAUUGAUCCUUGGCAAUUACCAUUCUUUUGUUUGUUUUGUAUUUGCUGGCUUAAGUAUUUUUGGUGAAGAGGUUAGUGAGAUAAUGUGCAACCAUAUUCUUAGUGAAUAUUGUUUUAGUUGAUAGAGGGAGAGAAUUCAUUGUGGUGUUGUAUUAGAGAAAGAAAGAGAGUUCAUUGUGGUGUUGUAUUAUUACAUGUACAAGCAACGCCUUUGUACAAGAUUCGAUCCUAAUUAUUUAUAGACCAUUUUCGAACCAUGUUCUCUUUGAA